AAAAGUUAUAAAAAACUCGCCAUCUCUCCCGUUGAGCACCUCAUUUUCUUUUCCUCACCGCCAUCCUCAUCAUCACCUCGGUCAUCAGCUCAUUCCUUCCAAAGCCAACCAGCCUAAACACAUUCCCUCAACAACCCAAUCCUUUAGCUCUCUUCAAUAUGAAGGUCACCUCCCUCGCCGCCGCCCUCGCCGCCACCCUCUCCGUCGCCGUCGCCGAGAUGGCCGCCACUCAGGAGAUGGCCGCCGCCCAGGCUGACUGGCCCGAGUGGCCCGACUGGGAGGACCUCGACUGGACCCUCGAGGAGGUCUCCCCCCUCGUCGUCGGCAAGGGCAAGGGCGGCAAGGGCCAGGACAUUGUCGAGAUCUCCAUCAUCGACCCCACCAUCGAGAUCCUACCCUUCGGCAAGGGCAAGGGCAACAGCAACAAGCCCGCCCCUCUCCCCCAGGGGUUCAAGUGCAAGCCUGGCAGCUACGCCUGCGAGUGGUCCGAGAGGAAGGGGAGCGGGUGGAAGGUGUGCAACGUUUUGGGGGAGUGGGUGUAUGGCGGCUCCUGCGGCAAGAGAGAGAGGUGCGAGUUCAACUUGGCCAACAAGAGCCCUUACUGCUUGCCUUACUCUUACUUGUAAAUGCCUUCAUUGGUAGUCACAGUCGGCAUUCAGACAAAGUUCUCUCUGGGACAAUACCGACAACUUUGACGGGGUGGAUUCUACGACAAUCUAUGAGCGUAUGAAGGAAACGGGUGGAUGGAAUCUGGGGUUUCUCUGAUAUGUCUCAGUGCACUGGCACUUGUUUUCUUGCCGGGCUCCCUGUUGUAAACCCACCUGAUUUGUAUUCUUCUUUUGUUGGAAUGCUGAGUCUUCUCGUUUUUGUAAGUUAGUCUGCCUUGGUUAGCACCCCUUACCGAUGAUGGAAAUGACAAACGGUAUCCUUAUAACAACUUUAGCUUUCCCUUG